ACACCUGCUCUCACAAACACAGGGAACCAUCACCAGCAGCACCUGAUCAACACUGAGGAGCUUCUAUAACCUUAAAAUCACUCACUGGUUUCUCCUCACUGAAGCAUAGAGGCAAGAAAAGACUCAGAGGAUAAAGCUAUAAAGCCAUCAACCGAUCCACUGGGGGACCAAGAACACAAGCGAGGGGGCAUCAUGAUUGAGAGUGACAGAGAGCUGUCGGCCAUGGUGCAAGAGCUUUGGGACAACGACAUCAACAGACUCAAACCUGGGAAAGACUACAGGAUCUCUCUGCAGGUGCACAAUACACACAAUACAAGAUCCUCCCCAUCUACGGAAGAUCAUUUGGGCAAAGCUGGAGACAGCUUGGCCAUCAACGAUAACAAUGACGGAGCAGGAUAUCCUCUGUUUACAUAUGUUGAUGAGAACAUUUUCAAGAAGGAGACUUUUUUAGCUUUUAUCUCCCUGUUGGAUAACUAUGAGAGUGACACUGGUGAGCCAGAAAUUGUAACCCCUGAGGAGGUGGCCGAGAACUACAAGUUCCUGGACUCAAUCAUACAGACCCCCACAAUGAAGAUAGCCCAUAAAUACCUGGUAGAGAAGCACCUCUCUCCAGAAGAUAAGACACAAUUCAAGGAGCAGCUGUACAGGAUCUGGUUUGAGCUUUAUGCAAGGAGAGGAUCCAGCAGGCCAGACUCCUCAGGGUUUGAACACGUGUUUGUUGGAGAGACAAGAGGAAGGCGGACGGUCAUUGGCUUUCACAACUGGAUCCAGCUCUACCUACAAGAAAAGCUGGGACACAUCGACUAUAAAGGCUACAGUGUCAAUGCAAAUUCACCUCAGCCAGAUGAGAACAAACACAUCCUGGCACUGCAGUUCAGCUGGAAGAAUGGUAUAAAGCCCAAGGGCAGCAUCUUCAUCGGUGUCAGUCCUGAGUUUGAGUUCGCCCUCUACACCCUCUGUUUCCUGACCUCGCCCAACGAGCGUGUCAAAGUCCAGUUCAGUUUCUACGACGUUGAGAUCGUUUGCCACCACUACAACCAGAAGCACAUAGGCACCACUUACCCUGUGCUUCUUAAGUACCAGAACACUGAGAAACUUGACUAGGAAUUAAUUUAAGGAUUAACUUCUCUAACCCUUGAGCUCACACAAAAAGUGUCACAGGUAUUGUUGUUGUCUUUUUAUUUUAUAUAAAGAUACAAUAAAGCCUUACAAGACCUAGCUUCACUUGU